AUGGCCAAAAUUUCAACCCUGGUCGUGGUAAUUUCAAUCACGGGCGGGGCGGGUUUCAGCCGCGUGGUGGAUACGGAGCUGCGGGGCGCGGAGCUUAUGGAUCGCGAGGCCGUCAAGGGCCGCGCGGCCGGGGAGGUCAAGGUGCAGGACCGGGGAAUGGAGGCCGAGUUGGUCAGGCUGCCGGGAAUUCCUUCGGCCGUAAUUUUGGCCGCGGAGAUGCUGGUGGUGCUGCUGGUUUCGCCGGCGGUCAAGAACCGCUUCGGCGCUACCGCGCAUGGAGGAGGGGCACGAGGAGGUAUUGACGCUGAGUUGCUCAAACAGACGGUGCAUGAAGUGGUAGCAGCAGUAACAGCGGCGCAGAAGAAGCCAGUGGCUGAGGAGGGAGCACAUGUUAACACUACUAUUUUGUCUGAGGCUGGGGCUGCGGCCCGAGAUGCCGUGGUGUCGGUUGCGACACAUACGGUAGGACAACAGCAAGAUGUGGUUGCUCAGCAGGCAGGAUCUGAUCCUAAGAACACAACAUCAAAGGGGAAGGAGGAUGAGGGGCAAGGUCCUUCAAAGAAGAAGAAAGAAGAGAAGAAUGGAUGUUUCAGAUCUUUAGAGGAUCCCCUUUAUAUGUUGCCAGAGGUCUGGGUCAGAGUCUCAGGGUUGCCUUCUGAUGUGAUUGCGGAUUACUUGACUUUAUGGGGGGUAGGUACUUUGUUUGGGAAAACCUUGGAUGUGGAUAUGGCAUACACUCGCAAAAACAAAAUUUUGAGAAUCAAAAUUGGAUGCUUGGAUAGUAGGCUUAUUCCUGCUGAUACUGAUAUGUUCAUUAGGAGGGGUUUUUUCAAGCUAAAUUUUGAGGUCGAGAAUGCUCAGGGGUCUCAAGAGGAGACUAUGGUUGAAGCUAGCAAUGACAAUGAUGGUAAUGAUGGUAAUGACGAUGCUAAAGAUGGUAAUGGAAAGAAUGGUGAUGAUAAUGCUAUGGACAUGGAUCCUAAGAAAAAUGAGGCGGGUGAUACAUCGAGUGCCAGGGGGACUGGUGGAUCAAUUGGGACAAAUGAAGGUGAACGGAUGCAAGAACAAAUUGAGCAUUUUGAUGCAAUUCAAAUUGGUUCAAUGAGUGUGCAACUUUCUCUGAAAGUUUUCAUGCCUGGAGGAUCUGUUUUGGGAUCACCACCAGUCAGGUCUCGGAAUCAGCGUGCUGAGGUUGUCUCGCAUGGCUGCAGUUCUGUGCCUGCCAGCCUGAUGGAACAGCGCGGCCAAAGCAAGGCGGGCCUGUCCGUGCUCGCCACGUCGGGAGAUGCUGCUGGUGGAACCAGAAGCUACGCAGCGCACAGGGAUCGAUCCCCUUUUGGCCAACCAGCUACCGAUGCGAGGGCGAAUGGGGAGGGGGAGAAAGCAUCAUGCGGGCUGCCGCAGCUGGCUCCCUGUGUCUUGGUCGGCCACUCGCGGGUGGAGGCCGGAUCUUCUGUGGCUGGUGGCUUUGAGCAGACUGUGCCCGGCCAGUCUUUCUCGCCGCAGAGGAUCCGACAGAGCUGUUCGGAGGGUCCCAGGCUGACUGCACAGAAUCCAGGUACUCAGGAUCACAUGAUUGCAACAGAUUGGCCAUCAUUGGAGAUUCCUGGCAGAUCUUCUGUGGGUGCCAAUGCUGUAGCUAAUGGUUUGCCGAAGAAUAUCAAGGAGGGUGUGGGGAAUAAUGUGAUGAGGAAUGUAUCAAUGGAGCAUGGGGUAGGUCUUACGUCGAUGGGGAUUGCCUCAUCUCCAAAGCCUAAUGAGGAAGUUAUUGCUUUUGGGGGGAUUCCUAAGCCUUCGGCUGAGCUGAGGUCAAGUUCUCGGUUGGGUGGCCAAUCUAAUGCGGAUAUACCUCUAUUGGAAAAGGCUAUGAAGAAUGCGCAACUUCAAGAUGAUUCUCUUAAGACAAGGGGUAUUCUAGUGGGAAUAAACUCUGAUACUUUACAAGUUUCAAAAGUAAGCACAGGAGAUUUCUGUGUUAAGAUGCAUAUUAAAUGUAAGAGAGAUGGUUUUGAAUGGGUUCUGGUGCCGGUUUAUGGGGCUGCCCAAGACAUGCACAAAGCAGAAUUUCUGUCGGAGUUGGUGCGAACAUGUGAAUCUGAAACAUUACCUAUGUUGGUAGGGGGUGAUUUCAAUAUUAUACGCACUAGGGAGGAGAAAAAUAAUGCUAAUUUCAAAGCGCGUUGGCCCUUUGUUUUUAAUGCAAUUAUUGAACAUUUGAAUCUAAGGGAAAUUUCUCUAACAGGAAGACAAUUUACAUGGGCAAGUCGGCGAGAAAAACCUACUUAUGAGAAGCUAGAUAGAGUACUAGCAUCAAUAUCGUGGGAACAGAAAUUUCCAUUGGUAACGGUUAGAGCCUUAACUAGAGCUGAUUCUGAUCAUACUCCAAUACUGAUUGAUUCUGGGAGGCUUGACUUAAAAGCAGAAACAACUUUGUUGAAUACGAAUGAAAGGGAGGAGUUCAAAAAGGCUAAUGAUUCUUUGAAUAAAUUAAGAAGAGAAGAGGAGUCUAAAUGGGCCCAAAGGGCGAAAGUUAAGCAUAUUCAAGAAGGGGGGAAUAAUACAAGAUAUUUCCAUGUAAUAGCAAAUGGCAAACACCGAAAAAAGAAAAUCUUCCAGUUAGAACAACAGGAGGGAACUAUUGUUGGAGAUGACAAUUUGAAGGUGUAUAUUACUGAAUUCUACAAGAAAUUGUUUGGUGCACCGGCAUCAACCAAUAUUUCUCUUGUUGAAAAUGAUUUUCAGGAUAUUACACAGAUCUCACCAUUGGAGAAUGAGAUCUUGACAGCUCCUUUUACUGAAAAAGAGGUGUUCGAGGCGGUUUCUCAAAUGGAGUUGAAUAAAGCUCCUGGACCAGAUGGUUUUCCAGCUGAGUUUUACCAAAAAUUUUGGGAUGUAAUUAAAAAGGAUUUGAUGGCUUUGUUUUCCCAGUUUAGUAAUGGGGAUUUGCCCCUAUACAAACUGAAUUUUGGUGUUAUUACUUUAUUACCAAAAAAGGAGAAUGCUGUCCAAAUUCAACAAUACAGGCCUAUAUGUUUACUCAAUGUUUGUUUCAAAAUUUUUACUAAAGUUGGCACUAAUCGUAUCUCGGGGAUUGCCCCAAGAGUCAUUAAACCAACCCAAUCGGCUUUUAUGCCGGGGAGAAACAUUUUGGAAGGGGUAGUGAUACUCCAUGAAACGAUUCAUGAGUUACAUACUAAAAAACUGGAUGGAGUAUUAUUUAAAAUUGAUUUUGAAAAGGCCUAUGAUAAGGUUAAAUGGCCUUUUUUGCAACAAACUCUGAGGAUGAAGGGUUUUGAUCCAGAAUGGGGAAGGGCAGUGCAACAGUUUGUCCAGGGAGGUAGUGUUGGUGUCAAGGUAAAUGAUGAUAUUGGUCAUUAUUUUCAGACAAAGAAAGGUCUAAGGCAAGGGGACCCUUUAUCCCCAAUGCUUUUUAAUAUUGUAGUGGAUAUGCUUGCCAUCCUAAUUGAAAGAGCAAAAGGAGAUGGUCAAGUUGGGGGGUUAAUUCCACAUUUAGUUGAGGGAGGACUCUCUAUAUUACAAUACGCUGAUGACACUAUCCUUUUCCUGGAACAUGAUCUUGACAAAGCAGUUAAUAUGAAAUUAAUUUUAUGUAUUUUCGAAGAAUUAUCAGGACUUAAGAUUAAUUUUCACAAGAGUGAGAUUUUUUGUUUUGGAAAGGCAAAGGAGGAAGAGAAUCAGUAUAGGCAUAUCUUUGGAUGUGAUGCUGGACAGCUCCCCUUUAGAUACUUAGGUAUUCCAAUCCAUUACAAAAAACUCAAGAACUCGGAUUGGUAUCCGGUUGUAACACGGUUUGAGAGUAAAUUAGGAUGCUGGAAAGGGAAGUUACUAUCCUAUGGUGAUAGGUUAGUUCUUAUUAAUUCAGUAUUAACUAGCUUACCGAUGUUUAUGUUGUCUUUCCUACGAAUACCUGUUGGGGUGAGGAAACGUUUGGACUUCUAUAGAUCCAGAUUCUUUUGGCAGUCCGACGAAAACAAAAAAAAGUACCGCCUUACAAAAUGGAAUAUUGUGUGCCGACCAAAAGACCAGGGGGGUUUAGGUAUUGAGGUACUCGAAAUCAAGAACAGAUGCUUAUUGAGCAAGUGGCUCUUUAAACUUCUUAACGAAGAUGGAGUGUGGCAAGAAUUGCUUCAUAAUAAAUACCUAGCACAUAAGACGUUAUCUCAGGUAGAAGCCAAGCCUACUGAUUCUCCUUUUUGGAAAGGAUUGAUGGAGGUAAAACAUGAGUUUUUUUCAAGGGGAUCUUUCAAAGUGGGUAAUGGUAUGGCCAUCCGCUUUUGGGAAGAUACCUGGUUAUUCACAUGGUCUCUCAUUGGGUCCAGCUUUGGGCUCUACUGUCCCCGGAAGGAUUGCGGGAUACCAUGGCUACUGGAUGCACACGGCUCCUGA